AUGCAAGCUUCAGACUAUGACGACGUGACCACAUUUCUGGGAGAAUGGGGAUCUUUUCAAAAACGGAUUAUGUUACUCCUCUGUAUAAGCGCAAUACCAAACGGGUUGUCACUGUUUUCCAUCGUCUUCCUCGCUGACACGCCAGCUCACCACUGCGCGAUACCAUCAAAUGCCAAUAUUAGCGCGGAAUGGAUAAACUAUUCUAUUCCACUGGAAGAAGACAAAGGAGUGAUGCGAUACAACAAAUGCACCCGUUACAAACUGGACGUAAUACAACGUCUUUCGGACAAUAGAUCCGUGCCUGGAAUUGACGUGAAUGUUACUGAAAUAGAGCAAGAAAGCUGUAAGGAUGGGUGGGAAUACGACAAAUCAAUUUACGUUUCAACCAUAGUGUCCGAGUGGGAUCUGGUAUGUAGUGAUGCUUGGAAGGUCCCCGUGAUCACCUCCACAUGCUUCUUUGGCAUCUUAGGUGGAUCAUUUAUUUCUGGGCAGCUGUCUGACAGGUUUGGGAGGAAAAUUGUUCUGUUUGGAACAAUUGGACUUCACACUUUGUUCACAUUCAUCCUGAUUUUGUCCACAUCCUGGUUUAUGUUCUCCGCUCUUUUCUUUUUUGUUGGAAUGGGUGGACUUAAUACCUUUUUGAUAGCAUUUGUCCUAGGAGCAGAAAUUUUGACUCCAUGUCUUCGGACCAUAUACUCCACUGUGGGUAUCUCCAUUUUCUUUGCCAUCGGCUACAUGUUGCUUCCGCUGGCAGCCUUCUUCAUCAGAGACUGGAGAAUGCUGCUGAUUGCCAUCAAUGUCCCAGGAGUUUUCUAUCUCCCUCUUUGGAAGUUGAUCCCGGAGUCCCCUCGAUGGCUUCUCUCUCAGGGCCGGGUGGAGGAGGCGGAGGCCAUUUUGAGAGCCGCUGCCAGGAAGAACAGAGUCACAGCUCCAGAGGUCAUCUUUCAGCCUCUCCAGACAGAAAACAAGACAGAAAAAUUGAGCCGUCACAACGUCGGUGAUCUUGUGAAGUCCAAGAACAUCCGCUGGAUUACGAUCAUGCUGAGCUUUGUGUGGAUUGCAGUCUCCAUUGGGUACUUUGCCUUAUCAUUGAACUCCUCCAAUCUGCAUGGUAACCCCUUCCUGAACUGUUUCCUCUCUGCGGCUGUCGAGGUCCCGGGCAUCAUUCUGUCCUGGCCCUUACUUCGCUCGUGCUCAAGGAGAUUGUGCCUCUUUGCUACGUUGUUCCUCGGUGGAGUGCUACCACUGUUUACUCUGCUCAUACCAAGAGAUUUGAAAUUGGUAUCUAUUGCACUGGAGAUGAUGGGGAAAUUUGGAUUCUCAGUGGCUUUCACUAUCGUGUAUCCCUUCACGGCGGAGCUGUACCCCACAGUCCUGAGGAACACCGCGGUGGGCACCUGCUCCAUGGCUGCUCGGCUGGGCAGCAUUGCUGCCCCCUACUUCCUCUAUCUGGGAACCUAUUCCAAGUCCUUGCCGUACAUAUUAAUGGGGGGCCUCUGUGUUUUGGGAGGGUUGCUUAGCCUCCUACUUCCUGAAACCUACGGUAUGCCUCUCCCUGAGACCCUCGAUCACAUGCAGACGAUUCAAAGGUUUAAAAAGACACAAAAUUCAAAUACUCUUUCCGGGGAUACAACAGCAGUGGAAAAUGAUUCAGUGUUUUGACUGGAUUACAUCAACAUAUUGGAAAUUGGAUUACAUUGGGAUUGAGCUAUUACUUUUCACGGAUAUAACGUCUGCACCAUCAUUAAAAAAACAUUUUAUACCAUCCUGGUAUGUAUUCAUAAUAUUUUUAUUUAGCUGCUGUCAGUGUUGAGUGAGUUACUGGGUUUAUCUCUUUUGGCUUUUAUUAAACAAUGACUAUCAUAACAUAAAAUUGAUGAGAACCUGAAAGGCCUUGAUCAACCCCCUGGUCUCCAACUUGAUGGCAACUUUCUGACUUGAGCACAUUCAAAUUUUGUACCACCCAUAAAAUUCUGCCUUAUGUUUCUAUUUCCCACAAUUCGUUAUACUGAAUUCAA